GUUUCGGGCGUACGCCUCAGGAACGCCCACGUCCUGCUGGUCGAUCCCAAGUUCGAGGACGAAACGGACUUCUCCAAUACUGCAGGACUGAUCCACACCCAGCACGGCUUCUACUUGCACUCCAAAACCGAGAACGCCCCCGACCUGGGGCGGCUCCUCUCCGGCUGGCGAUCUAUCGUCGCCAACAAAACCGCCGACGGUCUGCUGAUGGUGGCCGAAGAACUGGGCAAGGUGCAGUCCUACAAGGUGGACGACAGACUGGCGGUCGACUUACCGUUGAAGGCGCACAUGUUCGAUCGUAUGAACGUCAGCGAAAUUGUCAACAAUCUGAAUCACACUUUCAAUGUGGACAAUAUCGAAUGGCCCUUGUGGAAGGUGAAUUCCUCAUCUGAUGUGCUCGACAUAGUAACAUAUUUGCUUCCCGGAGCGAGUCUGGUGCAUCAGAAUGCCACGCUCGACGCUCAGCUUCUCAAGAUCAGGGAAUCUCCUUCUAUAAUGAGAGGCAUCUGCAGUCUACACAGUCUCAACAACAACACCGUGUUUGCGUUUAUCAGACUGACACCUGGUAAUCCUGGUAUUCUGGUGGCUCUCAAUACAGGCGAAUCGAAGGCAACUGUCAACUUCCGUCAAGUGCCGGCACUCUCGGAAAUCGAGGAGGUUUCUAUACAGCAUUAUAGCAAGAACUUCAAUGAGACGGAGUAUAUGGCGUUGAAUGCGAAGAAGGAUGCCACUACUGUGCCGAUAUCUCCAAAAUCGGCUAUUGUACUUUCUUAUGUGCCCAAAAAGAAAGAUGAAUAA